AUGUCCAACCUCGGUGCUGGGCUUCAGAAGCAGAACUGGGAUCUGGACACCAUGCCCAAGUUCGAGAAGUCGUUCUAUAAGGAGGAUCCGGCCGUCUCUGCACGAACCAAGGCAGAGGUUGACGCUUAUCGCAAGGAGCACCAAAUCACCAUCCAUGGCUCCAACAUUCCCAACCCGGUCACUACUUUCGACGAAGCUGGAUUCCCAGGAUACGUUAUGAACGAGGUCAAGGCGCAGGGUUUCGCGGCACCGACGGCUAUUCAGGCUCAAGGCUGGCCCAUGGCUCUCUCGGGUCGUGACGUUGUCGGAAUCGCAGAGACAGGUUCCGGAAAGACUCUGACUUACUGUCUCCCAGCAAUCGUUCACAUCAAUGCGCAGCCUCUUCUAGCCCCUGGUGACGGACCCAUCGUUCUGAUUCUCGCCCCAACGCGAGAGUUGGCUGUCCAGAUUCAGCAAGAAAUCAGCAAGUUUGGCAAGUCUUCUCGUAUUCGCAAUACCUGCGUGUACGGCGGUGUUCCUAAGGGCGGUCAGAUCCGCGACCUCGCUCGAGGUGUAGAGGUGUGUAUCGCUACACCAGGCCGUCUCAUCGACAUGCUGGAAUCCGGCAAAACUAACUUGCGUCGUGUCACCUACCUCGUGCUUGACGAAGCUGACCGCAUGUUGGAUAUGGGUUUUGAGCCGCAGAUUAGGAAGAUCAUCGGACAGAUCCGUCCGGACCGACAGACUUGCAUGUGGUCGGCGACGUGGCCCAAGGAAGUUCGUCAACUUGCCUCUGACUACCAACAUGACUUCAUCCAGGUCAACAUUGGAUCCAUGGAUCUGUCGGCCAAUCACCGUAUUCAGCAGAUUGUGGAGGUCGUCUCCGAGUUCGAGAAGCGUGAUCGCAUGACGAAGCAUCUCGAGCGCAUCAUGGACGACAAGGCCAACAAGAUUCUCAUUUUCACAGGUACCAAGCGUGUUGCAGACGACAUUACUCGAUUCCUCCGGCAAGAUGGAUGGCCAGCACUGUCCAUCCACGGCGACAAGCAGCAAAAUGAACGUGAUUGGGUGCUCAACGAGUUCAAGACCGGCAAGAGCCCAAUUAUGGUUGCCACCGACGUGGCUUCCCGUGGCAUUGACGUCAAAAACAUCACUCAUGUGUUCAACUAUGACUACCCGAACAACUCGGAAGACUACGUUCAUCGCAUUGGACGAACUGGUCGUGCCGGUGCCAAUGGUACUGCCAUCACUCUGUUCACGACUGAGAACUCCAAGCAAGCUCGUGACCUCGUGUCCGUACUUACCGAGUCCAAGCAACAGAUUGACCCUCGUCUAGCCGAGAUGGCACGAUACGGCGGCGGCGGAGGAGGAGGCGGAUGGCGCGGUGGUCGUGGUCGUGGUGGAGGAGGUCGCGGUGGAGGCUUCUCUGGAUCCAACAGCGCUCCGCUCCGGAACAGCCGUUGGUAG